AUGAGGAAUCUUAAAAGACAAGUGGGGCAAUUGGCCAAACAAGCUGAACAGCCAACUAAUAUUUUUUCAAGUGAUACAAUCCCCAGCCCAAGGGAGGAAUGUAAAGUUGUGCAGUUGAGAAGGGGCAAGACAGUUGGAGAAGACACAAAGAACAUCACUAGAGAAGCAACAAAGCUAAGAGAAGAGGAUAAAAGGGACCACAAAAAUGAUAAAGAGACACAAACCUCUAAGAAAGGCAAGGAAAUUAUGAAGCCACAAUCCGAGAAAAAGAAUGGAGGAGUGAAGCCCUAUGUACCCAAACUCCCUUACCCACAGAGCCUACACAAAGAAAUGAGUGACCAACAAUUCCCUAAAUUUCUAGAAAUUUUUAGGAAAUUUGAAAUCAACAUUCCAUUGGCUGAAGCUUUGGAGCAGAUGCCAUUUAUCAAUUUGAUGCCUCUAUCUAUGAUGAGAAGGUUGUCUAUAGAAGAAGUGAAGCCUACAAGGAUGUCCUUGCAAUUGGUUGAUAGAUCACUGGUAAUUCCCAAUGGAGUGGUUGAGAAUCUCUUAGUCAAGGUGGGGAAGUUCAUAUUUCCAGCGAAUUUUGUGAUCCUGAAUCUAGAUGAAGAGGAAAGUGAUUCUAUCAUAUUAGGAAGGCCUUUCCUAACCACAGCAAGAGCCAUUAUUGAUGUGGAGAAAAGAGAAAUCACCUUGAGGGCACAUGAUGAGCAGAUCAUUUUAAAUGUCUUUAAGGAAAUGCAGCAUCCUGCUAAAAAGAAAGGUUGCAUGAGAAUUGAGGAGGAAGAUCUAAACUGGAAGGAAAAGCCCCAGGAAUCACUCAUCAACUCACCCUUGGUGCAGAAGACAGGCAUUGAAGAAAAAUAA